AUGGCAGGCUCGCGAAUCGUCCGCGCCUUUCGGGAAACCUCCCAGGAAAACAAAGUAGGAUGCUCGAUUGAGGAGCCGGGGGUGCGGAAACGCCAGAAAACAGAGUCACUGCAUUUUUCAGAACAAAUUGGUGUUGCAAAGCCUGUACGGGAAGGGAAUCAAGGAACGGAAAGUGGAUCUCCAGUCCUUGCAAUUCCCACCUUGGAGAACCGUUUCCAAGUGGAUUUCCGGACCCUCUCGGUGCACCACCCCCAAUUACAGCCGUGGUUUGUAACCGGCACGGAUGUCUAUGACUUUCUGGAACCAGAGGCGGUUGUUGCUAUGAGUAAAGCUCUUCUUUUACAGUUUUAUUCCAUCGAUGCGGUUUUCCUUCCUGGACGGCUUGUUCCGCGCGUUUUCAACCGGGUAUUGUACUUGAACUGGUUAAAACGGCUCCUUGACGAUACCGGCUGUAGUGACAUUUGCGGCUUGGAUAUCGGUACCGGCCACUCGCUCAUCUACCCGAUGCUUGGCCACUCCUUGUACGGUUGGAAGUUUAUUGCCACAGAUAUCGACCCCGCCUCACUCUUGGUCGCCGCGGAGAACAUUCGAGUAAACCAUCUAAGCCCUCUGGUAUCGCUUGUGGACCGAUCUGCCACCCCCGAUGUGCUCUUCCUGGAUAUUGUAGCCUCCUCGAGGGUCACCUUCACAAUGUGCAACCCACCGUUCUACGCCACCUACGAGCAGCUCGUGGGAAAGUACUUUCUGCGCAAGACCCACUCCAUGUCUAUCCCGCUUAUCAAAGCUUCUUACAGCGAGUUGGUCCAUCCGGAUGGGGGUGAAGUUGGAUUUGUCACCAAAAUGAUUGCGGAAUCGGUGAAAAGCAGAUCUCUAGUGAAGUGGUAUACCACAUUAUUGGGACAAUUUGAGAGUGUUUCACAAGUGCUAGCAAACCUCUAUACUGCGGGAAUCACCAAUAGCACCGUAAGCGAGUUGUCUGGCAGCUCAUCCCAGAGCUUGGGAAAGACCCGCCGAUGGAUUGUUGCAUGGUCCUUUGGGGUGGAUAGGCCGAGAAUCGCCGCUGCACAGUUGAAAAAACUCAAAGGAACGGGCAUAGAUCCGGCGCAUUUGCCGGUAAAAACCCUCGAAACUGUGAAGAUCACUACCGAAAUGGGAAUCGUUCAGUUGGGAGAACGCGUUGAUUUGAUGUUACUAGGAUCUGUGGGUUAUGAGAUGGAGAUUAAAGAUGACGAGGUUUUACUAUCAUUCAAUGAAGGCAUCUGGACAAGAGCCUAUAGAAGAAAAAUGGCUAGACUCGAAGCGGAUGAAAUAGUUAAGCGACAAAAGUUGGAAGACGAGAUGCCUUGGAAAUACGUGUUUCUGAUUUAUUUGGACCCCCAUGACACGCUUAUUGUGUGGUGGAAGCGUGGUGACGACACAAAGAUCUUUAACAGCUUUCAAGGAUGGUUACGUAAGAACUUCAAUGAUGUAACAAUGUGUCCUAAAUAA